CAGUACCGUGAGAUAGACUGAAGACAUAAGGACAAGUGCACGAGAAUCUAUCACUACUUGAGCAUCGAGCUGUUUACACAUGAGCGGUCAGUAAAUAAAUAAUAAAAAAACAAUAAACAAUCAAACUCAGCUCCAUAGAAGACAUCCACAGAGUGAGGAUGUUACUGCAACCUUUCUUUAACAGAAAAAGAAAAGGAAAGGACAAAGAAAAAAACCUCCAGUCACCAAGCCCGCGGGUUCCCGUGAUAACCGCGAACCCGGAUACACCAGCGCCAUCUGUCUCCUCCCCGUCGUCCUUGUCAGGCUGUUCUCAGUAUCUGUGGAUACAUUAAUCUCAUUAUCUAGAGGAGGACAUGCCUAACAAGUACACGGCAAGACUUGACGAAAGAUUUCCCACGUAGCGUAGGUGACAUGCGGAAGACCGUUAUCAGACAGUAAGGACACUAGCUAGGACACUCAUGACGUCACACACUAGCGUCCACGCCUGCUGCUCGUGUCACCAAGAUGCCCGGAUGUGACAUUAAUUCCCCAGACUGACCGUUGGACUGGGAUAGAGAGCGAGCAGGAUGUUGGUGCGAUAGUCGCGACACGAGAGCUCGGCAUGCUGGGUGCGGCCAUGAUAUGGUUGGCCAGCCACUGGUGUCGUUCAUGGAACUGUCACACAGGACAGGACAGGACAGGACAGGACAGGACACUGCACCUGCACCUGUCACAAGGAGGCUGAUGUGCCACUCAGGUGUUCGGUGCCGUGUCGCCACCAUGUCUGCUUUCUGGCUUUUUGCCGUGUGUUUGUGGGUCUCCUUAGGAGAGCCCGUGGGUGCCAGUGUCCGGUGCACGUACCGCGUGACGAUGGGGAGCUGGGAGUCCUACAAGGACCUGCAGUGCGACUACGGCUGUUGUCUGCAUGACUGCUGUACUUACGACGACCACAAGAAGGUCACGAGACAUCGCUUACGAAAGAGGGACCUCCAAUAUGGCCGCUUUAGGGACCCAGGCAACACCACCACAGUAACUACAAACCAUAUCUAAAGACCCUGCCAACCACAUCAAAGACAGUGGCCUCGAAGAUCACGUGACCUGCAGGUCCAGGCUACCGUCACCAUAGCAACAUCAACUCAACCUCGCCGAUCCUCCAGCCUCCCCGUGCUCUUCAUCCAAUGCCACGUGACUUGUCAGGUAGGCGGUCCUGUUAGCAGUGAUUGACAGGGUCCCUGCGGUCCUUCACGAUUCCAGUAAAGGUUCGAUCACCAUGGACACGGAUCCUCAAGCAGACGUCCAGGGGUCAGCUGACAUGGAGAGGCUGCCAUGAAGAGCAAUGGAGACAAGACAAGAGGUGAUGGACGGAAGACAGCUACCAGUGCACGGGAAAACAGUUAACAUUACAGUCAAGUUUAUAUAGCUUUUUAUUUAAAUUUUUUUUUCUUUUUUAAGUGAAAGUGAGGAACAUACCUGACUGAGUUUUUUUUCAAUAUCAAUAAAUAAUUUAGUGUCUAAUUGACAAAUAUAAGCUGCUUGUACUGUUUCUACUUAAUAAGUGUGUGCCUUCUAUCUACUCAACUCAAAUGAUUAUGUCGGAUUACAGGACAACAAAUUGGUGUUGAUAUUUUCUGAUAAAAUUGUGCCACCUCGUCUUUGAAAUAAAGUUUUUUUUAUGACUAUA